AUGCGGGGAAUACAAUUCACAUACCUUAUCCCCAUCCUCUUUGGGCGUCUCAUCAACGCGACUCCAGAAACCUUCCCUUACAUUCGAUCUACAGAAUUUGACGCUGGAGAUUAUGGUGCCUAUCCGAAUCGCACUUAUACGACACGCCCAGACUUGAUCUCUCCUCGUCUGAAUAUCCUCCAACAUGAUCCGAGAUGUGAUGAUGGAUUAUAUACGAUGAUAUCUCUCAGAGGUGAUAAAGUGCAUAUCACGGGACAAAGCCCUAUGAUCCAUGACCACCAAGGAAAUCUCGUUUGGAUGAAUGCAUCGUAUGGAGAAACAUUUGGGCUAAAUGUACAGAGAUACAAAGACGUGGAUUAUUUGACGUUUUGGCAGGGUGAUGAUUCGGUGGGGGGACAUGGGGAGGGAGUUUAUAUCUUGCUAGAUUCCCAAUACAAAGAAGCCUACCGUCUAACAGCUGGCAACAACGCCUUAGGAGACCUCCACGAAUUCCACAUAACACCUGAAGGAACCGCUCUAGUAACCCAAUACAUUCUCAAAGAAAUGGACAUCCAAUAUCGUCGCCGCUUCCGUAAAGGCUGGGUUUGGGAUUCCGUAAUCCAAGAAAUUAAUAUAGAAACCAACGAGAUUAUAUUCGAAUGGCACGCAUCCGAACAUUUCAACACCGAAGACUCCUAUUUUCCAGCAGGGAGUGCGGGAUUGAGAAGUAGCCAUGGGUACGAUUUCUUUCACAUCAAUAGUGUUGACAAAGAUGGAUUGGGAAAUUACCUGAUCAGUUCAAGAUAUUAUCAAUCCGUGUCUUAUAUUGAUGGGAAGACGGGUGAGAUUCUUUGGGAGCUUGGAGGAAAAAGGAAUAGUUUCAAGGAUUUGUCAGAUGGGAAAGCUACAGCAUUCAGCUGGCAACAUGAUGCCCAUUGGACUACAGAUCGUAAGGGAAUUACCUUAUUCGACAACGGGGCACGUUAUGGAUUGAGACCACAAGUUGAGAGCUCUCGUGCUAUUCAUGUAUCCCUCGAUCUUGAAGCCAUGACUGCGGAAAUCAUACGCGAAUAUGUGAAUCCGAGAAAAAUCUUAAGUGCUAGCCAAGGUAAUAUGCAAGUACUCGAAAAUGGAAAUGUAAUGGUUGGAUAUGGGUACAACGCUGCUUGGACUGAGUACAGUUCUGAAGGAGAAGUUCUCUGUGAUGUUCAUAUUGGAUCUCAAAAGACAUUCAAUACAGGAGCGGUGCAGACAUAUAAGGUGUUGAAACAUGCAUGGAUUGGCAGGCCCGAUACAGUGCCGGAUGUGAAGGUGGUGCAGAACAACGUGUAUGUUAGUUGGAAUGGGGCUACGGAGGUUAGAGCAUGGGUUCUGGAGGGAGCGAAGGCUGGCAGGGGAGAAGGAGGCGAAGAGGAAUUUCACAUGGUAGCUGAAGUUCAGAAGAGCGGGUUUGAGACUAAAAUCUUGUUUCAGAGAAAAGCUUGGUGUUGGGUGAGAGUUAUCGCUAUUGAUGGCGAGGGUGUAAAGCUGGAGACUAGUGAGAUUUGGGCUACUGGAACAGACUGUAAAGAUACGAUCGAUCUACCCGAGACAGAGGAAAUAAAAGAGGAAGAAGAAGAGGCUGCAAAGCCAUUGAUACCAUCAAGGUUUGUAUUAGAAGUAAUAGCGCUUGCAGGAUUUGCAUUUGGAAUGUUGGAGUUAUGUAGAAGGAAGUUUUGGAAACGGACAUUGUCCAGUUUCGGAUAUAGAGUGCUCCCUAUCCAAGCGCAGGAUUAA